AUGGCAUCUCAAUCAGCCUCCUUUUCACCUCCUGUCUUCAAUGGUGAGCAAUACCAUAUUUGGGUUGUAAGGAUGAAGGCCUAUCUAAGAGGGCAGGGGCUCUGGCAAUACGUUGAAGAAGAGAAACAACCUAUUCAGUUGGGUCCAAAUCCCACUCUGAAUCAAAUGAGGUUGUAUGAAGAAGAAAUGUUAAAGGCUCCAAGGGCUUUAUCUCACAUUCAUUCGGCUGUUACAGACCUUGUGUUUACAAGGAUAAUGGCAUGUGAAACAGCAAAAGAAGCAUGUGAUAAGCUGAGAGAGGAGUUUAUGGGAAGUGAUACAAUGAGAAAUAUGCAAGUGAUGAACCUGAGGAGGGAAUUUGAGAUGUUGAGAAUGCAGGAAGUUGAGAAAGUAAAAGAAUAUGUGGAUAGACUGAUGAGUGUGGUUAAUAAGGUCAAGUUACUUGGAGUGGAAAUGAGUGACAAAAUGAUUGUUGAGAAGGUGCUAGUGAGCUUGCCUGAGAGGUUUGAAUCAAAGAUUUCCUCUCUAAAGGAUUCCAAGGACCUAUCACAAAUCACUCUUAUUGAGUUGGUCCAUGCAUUGCAAGCUCAAGAACAAAGAAGAUUAAUGAGGCAGGAGGAUGCUAAUGAAGGUGCUAUGAUGGCAACUCAAAGAGGAAAGAUUAUGCAGGGGAAUAAUAGAAGAAUCAAUAUUAGCUUUAAAGGUUCAAAAACUGCAAUUUAG